AUGGAUCCAAUGCUAUUAUUGGUAAUUCAUGCUUUAUCAGGUUGUGACACAACGUCAUUUAUUCGAAAUGUUUCUAAAACAAAUAUGUUUCGAACAUUUUUCUCUCAUACGCAUCGAUAUUCAGGUCUUAAUGGAUUUUUUGAAUCACCACUAUCGGAAGGAUCAAUGGCAACUGCUGAGCGUUUACUAUUGGAUUGCUAUUCAACAUCCAACAAUUCAUCAAGUCUUGACGAACUUAGAGCAUCAAUAGCUGUAUCAGCAUUUAAACAAAACCGAUCAAAAUUUAUUGCUCCUACUCUCCCACCAACUACAAAUGGUUUUCAUCAUCAUUGUCAAAGAGCAGCACGGCAGGUCCAAAUAUGGAAUCAAGUAUAUCAUCCAGACAUUAUAAUUGAACCAAUUGAUAAAUCAGAUGGUUAUGAAAUAAUUCAUGAUCAAAUUCAAUUGAAAUGGUUAUCGGUUAGUUAUAUUCCAUCAGAUCCUCGUUUAUCAAUAUGUGGCAAGUGCUCCAGCGACUGUCAUCGAUGUUCAUGUGGAAAAAAUGGCCUCAUUUGUACAAUUUUAUGUAAAUGUUCAAAGAAAAAAUGCCAAAAUCGAAAUCAUAAUUCACAAGUUUUUCAAUUUAAUCAACUUAUCAUGGACAAUUCGGAAUGUGAUGUAAAUAUGACUACAUACAGUCAAGAUGUUAAUCAAACAGAUAUGGCAAACAGUGAUAAUGAAGCAUCAGUACCAACAGAUUCCUCAACAUCGUGUUGUGAAUCUGCAUUCGAUGGGGAUGUAUCUUUUACUCAACCUCAAUUGACGCCACGGUUUGGUAUUCACUCUUCAUCAUCAUUUGUAAGUGAAACAAAUACUACCGCUGUCAAGUCUUACUUUAGUUUUAUUCUAGAAUGUAACUCCUUCGCGAAUGUCCUCAUCUCAACCAGCAACGUCAACACCACGUUUCUCGUCGAAUAUUUACAAAACAGUGCCAUAUCUCAAAUGAAUAGAACAGAUCUUUAAUUUUAUUUUUUUGUAAAGUUGUUAAAAAAUGUUUUUUAAACUUGAUAUUUUUUUUUUAAUCACACUAAUAAACAUAACAAACAACAAUACUGACUCUUAUACUGAAACACAACACCAUGUAGUAAAAGACGAUACUAAAUCAAAAAGCAGUUGACAUUGGUCUUGGGAAAUAAGGGGAAUUAAAUAGAUGACAACGAUAAUUUCAAUACAGUGAAUAAUACUGAUGAGGCUAGGCUAUCACACACUUAGUCAUCUAAGAAUGUUUUAACCAAUCAGAUAGCGAAUCGCGCGCAUGUGGCGCCAAAUUUCACGUGAAACCACUUUUUUUCCAGAAAAAAUAAUAUACAUUUCAAUAAAAACGGUGUCUGAUAAUUUCUAUGAAAUUUAUUUCUUCUGAUCUCAAUAUUUUUUUAACGCCUUUGUUACAAGUGUAUUUCAACAUAUCUUAUCGUUUCUGUGCAUGUUUUAUUCUGUCGGUCCACGUACUA